CCGUCCACAACCAUUUGAACCAUUUGUUACUCCAGGAUCAUUCUCACCAUUAAAAACUGGCUUGUUUUACCAUUCCGUUUCAGAACAAGCCUAAAAAACUCAUACAUUCCCACUGUCAAUGCUACUCCUCUAUCACCCAGACACAGACCCCAAGAAACCAUUAGUUUAUGAACUUUUUCUAAACAGGGAUUGAGGUUUGAAGUUUAUGAUCGAGCGCGUUCGUAUAGUUGAUUCGUUACUUUCAAACUGAUGGCGAUUAGGAGGAGAGCGGAUGUCUUGGAUCCAGACUUUACUGUUAUAAGACGACAAAUAUCAAAACUAAUGCAAUAUAGCAUUCACGAUUGUAAAAGCUUUCUCUUGAUGUUAAAAUCAUUGUUUCCGAGUUCAAUCAAGUUAGAAGUAAACGUCUAAUAAUGUAUCACACUUAGAUAAUUGAGUAUGAACUUAUGCAGGAGUAUGGAGACGCUACUUUGGCUGCUGAAAUUCUGUGUCGUCUGUAAUCAUGUUCUAUAUCAUAUUAAUCAUGUAGGUAUGAAACUCAAAGGCAUCUUGAUAUGACACAGAUCGAACUUCUUAGCAAAAUAGUUAAGGAUCCUACUGAUAAAGUGUGUUGUGAUAUAUUCUCGCACACCAACCCCUCGCUACAGAAGGAUUUGACAUUAUCUUACUUCAACCAGAUGUCCGAUGAGCUGGGAAGAGCGGAAAGCAUUAUUUUUCUACUGAAUCUUAAAGACGUAGUCUUUUACCCCCAGGUUCUACCCGUACUUUUGGCACUGGUUUACCAAAGCCUCAUAGACGGUGAGCUCUCCAUGCAUAAGAGUAACCGAGUCUCAACCAGCAGUGGUAUAAUGUGCCAUUCAUCACCCGCAGAUAACUAUGGAUCGUUAAUAAAAAAUGAGAAUGUUGACGAGGGUGAAGAGGGAGAGGUAAUGGGAUGUGAUGACGAGGACGAGUUUGCGGAUGAACUUGACAAUCCAACUCCCGAGAUCGGAGAUAAUCCUUGGACUGAUAUAUCUAGUUCAGUCCUCAAUGUUUAUCGUUUCAAGAUAACUUAUGAAUUGCUUCCACUAGCGUACAAGGCUAGUUCUUCCUCGAAAAUGGAUAAAAAUGUCAUCUACAAGAUUUCUGUAACUUCAAUCAAUUUUCUGGUUACAUACAUAACACAUGUCCCAGCAAACCCAUCUAUCGAAGGAUUAGAAAAAAACGAGCUAUUAGCCAAGAAGGAUCCGAAAAAUUACAUAACAGACUGUUUAAAAAUGAUAGGGCAUUUAUUACAAUGGCCUAUCGCUACGUUCGACUUUACAUCUAGUAAAACUGCAUCCUAUCUUGUUCAGCAGACUAGAAAUUUGUUUCGGGAGGCCAAAUCUUCAUUUGAUGGUGUGUCAACAAAAAAAGACUCGCGAUCUGGUCGUAAACUGUCUUCGUUCUCUUUAAGUCAUAAGUCUCAUGCCAUAGUUUUUCAGGCUCUGUGUAUGUUUUGGUACACAUUUGUUGAUUUAAGUGCAGCUUAUUUGCACAAAGUUCACACCAGGAUAUUUGACGGUAGUGUAAAAAAUAGCACUUCACCUAGAGUUUUGUACUUGCCUAUCAACCUAGAUAUUCUAUUCAACUCAACUUCUCAUACAAAUGUUUCUUUUGAAAAUGAAGAGAUGAUUCUCUUAAAGCACAUACAUGAAGUCUGGAGUCUUCGUGAAUAUACUUCUGCCUCAUACUCAUUUGGCAGCAAGGAAAUAGAUUCGUUGGAUAAUGUCCAUCCUCACUCAAAUAAUUCAUCCGAAUUCAACCAAGAAACACUGUUUGAGCAAAUUAUUCGUUUCCACUUUGCCAUUAGUGGCCUGAAUAAUAAUUCGCAGGAAAUAAUAUGGGCUUGUAAUUUUGUGAAAAAACUCAGUGACCAGUUGAAGUCAGUUUCUCUUACAUCCUCUAACUAUAACUUAUAUAAUAGUGCAGAACUUAAGCUUAUAUCCUGGGUUCUUCAGAUGCUUUUGUUAUCUCAUGACCAUGAUAAAUGUAAGGUCGUGGUGAAGUCAGAAGCUUGUAAUGGGUUGUGGGGUCAAUUCCUUCAAGAUUUCAAAUCGCUGUCAUUACUUUUUAACCAGAGUAAAAAUGAGAAGAUUUGCAUCCAAAACAUUUGUCCUCUCGUACCAUUCACUCGUCAGUGUAUAGUUUUUAUUGUGUCAAAAACAUUAGCAGGCUACCUUUGUACUAUUUCUCGACGAACGACAAACCGGACUCAUGCUGUCGAUUCCGCUUGCUUGGCAUGUAUACUUUGUCAAGUCGAUGGAAAGUUUGGUGAUAUUUCUCAUCCGGCCGCUCAGUGGCCAUCUCUGUCCCCAUACCUCUCGGAGGUAAUACAUACUCAUUGGGUUGAUAUACGAGAUCGUUUUUUAAAGUGGAUCAUAUCUCCCCAUAUAUUCAUUUUCGACGUUGACCUGUUGAACACUAUUUUCCGAUUGGAAUCCAACGCUGGGACAGGUAGUGAUUGGUAAGUUGGUUAUUCGUUCCCCAUAUUUUAGGUAUCACAAUAACAAUUUUUUUGGCACCAUGACCAUUAAAUUUCCCGGUUAUUACGAAUUUAUGUAAUCAAUUUGCAGUCAUUCAUAUAAUAUCUUUUUUCUUCAUACGUAUUGGGUGAUGAAUUUUUUCCCUUUUAUUCAAAAUCAAUAAAUCGAUCGGCUCUCGAAGUUUAUCAGGUUUUUGAGUCCUGAAAAGCUUUAUUGUUCCAUAUGUUCUUUAACUAUAGAAAUGCUUUGCCAAUCUUCGCCUUUACGUCUGUAUCAGAUCCUCUACGUUCAUCGAUGAUGCUGUCUGGGUACGUGAAAGUUCCCACCUCUUCCAGAGUUUCUCCAUCAAGUGUGGUUGGUUGGGUGUUCUUGUUGUAUUUGAGGAUUUUUUUUUUUCCUUGUGUAUGUUGAAGCGUACUGAUGCAGAGACGGCUGCUACACUAGUUGUCUUCAUCUGCGUUAGUUGGUGUGUAUGUGAUAGAAGGUUCAGGUGAUGCUCUAUGAAGUCGAAAUCGUCUAGUUGCAUCCAACCUGUCUAUUGUAUUCUGUGCUUGCGCUCAGAUGUGGAGGUCAUCAUAAUCCAGUCAACCACCAGAAGAAAGAGAAAGGGUAGGAGUAAACAGCUAUAUCUGACACUGGUCCUCACUUAGAAUGCGUUUGUCAGCUAUCCUCCUUGCGCGACUUUGCAGUGUAAUCCGUCAUAUGAAUUCCGUAUGAUGGUGACGAUCUCCUUAGGUACUCCAUAAUGUCGGAGAAGUUUCCAUUAUAAUCUAUUCACACUGUCAGCUGCCUUCUCAUAGUCAAGGAAGUUGAUGUAUAGUGACGAUUUCCGUUCAAUUGUUUGUUCAACGAUGAACUGUAGUGUUCCGACUUAAGUCACUGCACGACCGAACCUCACGGAAUACGGCCUGUCAAUCUCGAAUAUGGGCGUCUACUGGAUCUUCUACGCGGUUCAACAUCACUUUUGAAAACUUUUCCUGGUACUGACCAUAGUGUGAUGCCUCUGUAGUUCUCACAUUUGUUCAG